AUGGCAGCGACCUUCACCAGCACGAUCCUCGGCCAGCCCGAGAUCGCGUCCAUCGUCUUUGGGUUGCAGUUUGGCAUCUACGAAGACGUUCGCCCGGCCUUCCGCGCUUGCAGCGAGCUCGUCGAGUUUGUCGCUGAGCCGGACAAUGAAGAAUACGAGUGCGACGUGUCCUUUCCGCAGGCGUUUGCACCCAAUGCCGAGUGGCCGUACAACCACGGGACGUUUGACCCGCAAAAGUACGCUCUGCACUGCCACGAGCGAGACGACCGCUUCCCGCUGCACAUGGCGAUCGCCGUGGGCUGUUUGGAGCUGACCAAGCGCAUCCUCCAGUGCCGACCGGACCUCGCCUCGGAGGACGCGAUUCGUUUGGCCCUUGGAGAGAACCGCCUCGAGAUUGCCGACUUCUUGCUGGCGCGGCGGGCGACGCUGCCGCAGCUCUAUCGACGCGUCAACUACGACGCCGCGGACGUCUCUCGAGGCCCGAGUGUUAUGACGUCGGAACUUUUGGCGCAAGCAGAUUCGAGAGGCGUCGAGCUGCUUCGGCGCUUUGGCCUGCCCCGCGACGACGACUUCUACCACGACAUAGUGCACGCGGUCUACGAUGCGACGCUCGAGAACACGACGCUCGCCCUCGACGCGUUUCCAUGGCUCCACUGCCCAGCUAUCUUGAACGCUGUCGCGGCGCGAGGGUUCUUGCCGCUCGUGCAGUCGCUCCACGAACGCGGUGUCAACGGCUCGGUCAAUGCGAUGGACAACGCCGCCACCAACGGCCAUUUGCCGGUCGUUCGCUUUCUCCAUGAGCAUCGAACCGAAGGCUGCACGACCAAGGCGCUCAGCGGCGCCAUUUCCAACGGCCACCUUGACGUUGUCCGCUUCUUGAUCGAGCACCGAUCCGAAGGGGCGUCGCGCAACAUCCUCGACCGCGCUGCUGCCAACGGCCACCUUGACGUCGUCAAGUACCUCCAUUCUCUUGGCACAUUUGGCUGUACCGUCGCCGCCGUCGACCAAGCUGCUUUUGGUGGUCAUCGGAACGUCGUCGCGUUUCUCUUGACGCACCGAAGCGAAGGCUGCAGUCGCAACGGUGUGGUCGAGAAGGCUCUCAACGGCGGCCAUUUGCGCACGGCAGAGUACCUCCUCUCGCUCGGCUUUCCGUUUCCGAGUGGGGAAGUAGACUUCGACCCUCGCAUCUACGACAAAGCCGAGAUGAUGGGUCUUUUCCGACUCGUCAUGGACCACGGCCAGCCGUGGCGCGAAGCCUGGGUGGAAAAUGCGUGCACCAAGAACAACGUGCCUCUGGUGACAUUUCUCCUCAAGCACCGAGACGCUCGCGCUUGCCCCGGAGCGCUCGCGACUGCGAUCGUCGCACAAGCGAUGGACGUUGUGCGUUAUCUCUUGGCCAACUGCACGACGCAUGUUUCGCCAGUUGCGCUUUUGUGGGCGUUGGGCCCUGGCAGCCGCGAUCUUUUGUCGCAGAUGCUGCGGCGUCACCCCGAGCUCCGGAACGACGAGCUGCUUCGUCGGGCUUCGAGCUACUUCAGCACGGAGGCAAUGCGCUACCUCCUCCCUGCCGGCAUUGGCAAGCCGCGCGAGUGCCUUGUCGAGGUUGCAGGUCGUCGACGGCACGUGACGGCAAGCAAGCUCUUGCUGCCGUACUGCAUGAAGGCGACCAACCACCUCGACAACGUCAUCUUUCUUCUGGAGCUUUUGGCGCUGCCCGACAUUUGCCGUGCGACGACGCUCCGGUUGAUCACGCCCGAGCUCACCCAAGGGCUGUCGCCGCGCCGCCGGGAGCGGCUCCUGCGCGUGCUCAAGCGCGAGCAGCAGGCGCAUCGCGUGCCCGUGCUUGGCGACGUAGUGCGAAAGGCCAAGGGUUCGAGCCCGGCGACGCCCAAGGCCGAGCUUCGCAUUCACAAGGUGCUGCAGAGUCGAGAGUCGCGGACACCAGUCGUCGCACCGUCGAGCUGCAACCAGUACCAACAAGACCUCGAGGACGAAGACGCUCGCGUCCACGCCCACGAAGCCUUUACGCUACAAGAGAGGAAGGCCCGGCAACGAUCGUACAGCAGCGCCCUCAUCGAGCAGAUGCAUGCCAAGCUACAACUCCAAGACGCCGACGCCGUCGACAACCGACUCUACGCCGAGCAUCUCGCGUGGGAAGGCGUUCAAACCGACGUCUACGAGAAGGCCAAAGCAGACGCUGAGCGCAAGGCGACGACCGAGGUGCACGCAGCGCACCGGGCGACAGCCGACCAAGCCAAGCGGUGGCAGGCCGUGCAGGACCUUCUUCAGCGCUUUAACGAUCGCAUGCUCCUCUUGCCACCGGCCGAGGCACGGCGUACGUUUGACGACGCGUCGCGAGAGCUCCACCGCGUCUGUGCGAGCGUCUUUGCCUCGAAGCACAAGGACGAGUGGCUUGCUGUCGAGCACUGCCUCGCUCGCAAACUGCCACGUAUUUUGCACGAAAUUCAAAUGAACGAGGAGCAAGAGCUCCAGGCGGCGGAGCUCGCUGCGGCCAAGGCGACCCAAGUCCGACUCGUCAAAGAGAGUCAGAGAAGCCAGAUCGAGCGACGCGCGACGCUCCGGCGCGACCGCCGACACGAAGAGGUAGUCGGCUUUGCGUGCUACUGCGCGCAAGACAAGGCCACGCUCGACGCCCACGUCGCCGCCGUGCAGGAAACGCGGCAGGCGCGGCAGCAGCAGCACCAAGCGGCCUUACGGGCGCAAAUUCUCGCACGGGACGAGCUACGCACGCUCGACCGGCCGUUCCAGCGGCGACCAAAAGGCCCUGUGGCAAAACGCGAGACCAGUCGUCCGCCGUUUUGGGUCGACCCGGAAGGUCCUUUGUCCCCACCGACACCCGCCGUCAAGCAUUCGUUUCCCGCAAAGACCGAUCAUUUUGGCCGUAAAAAGUGCUCUUGGUACGACUAGUCGAGUCGAAUAAAUGACAACUAUUGUACAUAAUACAAGGCUAACUAGAAAUGAGUGA